UUACCGGGAGCUGACGCGUGCUGUCGGUGUUCCCGGGCAGGUGGUGGCCGUGUACGGGUCUCUGGAGGACCUGCUGUCGGUGGCCUCCGUCAAACUGGGAAUCAGAGCCUCCAGUGUUUAUAACGGGAACGGCGGCCUGAUCGAUGACAUCACCCUCAUCAGAGACGAUGACGUGCUGUACGUUUCAGAGGGAGACUCGUUUGAAGAUCCUCAGGACGACCUCACGGGCCCCGAAAAAGACCAGACUCACACUGACUGGCUGACGCUCAACGUCGGAGGACGCUGCUUCACCACCACCAGGAGCACGCUGGUCAGUAAGGAGCCUGAGAGCAUGCUGGCCCACAUGUUCAGAGAGAAAGACGUUUGGGGGAACAAGCGGGACUCUCAGGGCGCGUACCUGAUCGACCGCAGUCCGGAUUACUUUGAACCCAUCCUGAAUUACCUGAGACACGGACAGCUCAUCAUCAACGAGGGCAUCAACCCGCUGGGUAAAAAAACACACACUUCAUAACGUCACAGAUCACAGUACGUCAUUGUCCUCAACAUACGGCCCGCGGGCCAAAUCCGGCCCCUGAUAGGGCCCCU